GAUGUCAUAUAUCAAUAAAUUGCUUGUUGCUAAUAGAGGUGAAAUUGCUUGUAGAGUAAUGAGGACAGCCAAGAAAAUGGGUAUAAAAACUGUAGCUGUGUAUAGUGAUAUUGAUAAAAAUACUUUAUUUGUUGAGAUGGCUGAUGAAGCUUAUAAUAUUGGUCCUCCAUAAGCUUGUAAUAAUGAGUUUAUAUAUGUUAGUGCAAUCAUAUUUAAGGAGUGACAAAAUUAUUGAUGUUGCCUUAAGUACAAAGAGUCAAGCUAUUCAUCCAGGAUUUGGAUUUCUUUCAGAGAAUGCACAAUUUUCUGAAGAUUGUCAAAAAAAUGAUAUUGUAAUAAAUAUCUUUAAUCUCUUUCAAGAUAUUUGUUGGUCCAGGUGCUGAUGCAAUUAGAAAAAUGGGGUCUAAAAGUGAGUCAAAAAUUAUCAUGACAAAUGCAAAAGUGCCAGUUGUACCAGGAUAUCAUGGAGAAACAUAGGAUCCCAAUUUGUAAUUAUAUUUUUAAAGUGAUUAGUCUACUUCAAGAGGCUGAGAAAAUAGGAUUUCCAGUUUUAAUAAAGGCUGUUAUGGGUGGUGGAGGAAAAGGAAUGAGAAUAGUGAGAUAGAAGUCUGAAUUCUUAGAGGCUUUAGAAGGUGCAAAAAGAGAAGCAUUAAAGAGUUUCAAAGAUGAAAGAGUGCUUGUUGAAAAAUACAUUGAAAAGCCUAGACAUAUUGAAGUUUAGAUCUUUGGUGAUAAACAUAAUAAUUAUGUUCAUUUAUUUGAAAGGGAUUGUUCAAUAUAAAGAAGACAUUAAAAAGUAAUAGAAGAGGCACCAUCUGCUUUAGAUGAGAAUAUAAGAUAUGAUAUAGGAGAAGUAUGAUUUAAUUAAUUAAAUUAGAAAGCAAAAGAAGCUGCAAGAGCAGUUAAAUAUUCAAAUGCAGGAACUGUAGAAUUUAUAUUUGAUUUGGAUUCAAGUAAAUUCUAUUUUAUGGAAAUGAAUACAAGAUUAUAAGUAGAACAUCCAAUUACAGAAAUGAUUACAGGGGUUGAUUUAGUUGAAUGGUAACUUAGAGUUGCAAGUGGAGAACAUUUACCAUUAACUUAAGAAUAAAUUAAAAGAAAAGGUCAUUCUAUAGAAGCUCGUAUCUAUUCAGAGAGUCCAAAUAAUAAUUUUUUACCAGGGAGUGGCAAACUUGAUCAUUAUUCUGAACCAUAACCAUCUCAAACUGUUAGAAUUGAAACUGGUGUAAGAGAAGGUGAUACUAUUUCUAUCUUUUAUGAUCCUAUGAUUGCUAAGUUGGUUGUUUAUGGAGAAAAUAGAUAAAUGGCUAUCUAAACUCUUUUAAAUGCUUUAUAAAAUUAUUAAGUAAUGUUUUAUAUUAUUAUUUUAGAUUCAAGGUUUACCUAAUAAUAUAUCAUUUUUAAAAACUGUUCUCUAACAUCCAGAAUAUGUAAAUUAAUAAUAUGAUACCUCCUUCAUUGCUAAAAAUUAAGAUAAUUUAUUAAAAUUAAAAGACAAUUAUAAUCCUAUUGAUAUUGCUCUAGCUAUUGCUGGUAGACAUUUUCUAAAUUCAGUUCAGUUGCCAAAAUCACUAUUAAAUUUUAGAAAUGGCGCUUAAAUUAAUAAUAAAUUAACUUUAAAUAUUUAAAGUGCUUCUUAUGCAAAUUAAAAGGAAAUUAAAAUUACUCAUAACAUAAAUGGAAAUAAUCAUGAAUUAGAAAUUGAAGGAUCUAAGAUUAUAGUACAAAAAGUAACUAAAAGUAAUGAACAUAACAAUUUAUUAAUUUUUGAAACUAAUCAAGGCAUUUUUAUUAGAACAAUUAGAAAUAAAGAAAACAUAUUGAUUUUUGAUGCUGAAGGAGAUCCUAUCACAAUUACUGUAUCUUCUGAUGAAGUUAAGAAGGUCAAAUAGGAUCAACAUGGACAUGGUAAUAAUAAAGAGAUUGUUGCUCCUAUGCCUUGUACUUUGACUAAAGUUAAUGUAACAGUUGGAUAAAAAGUAAAAAGAGGUAUUGACUUUUACAUUAUUAUUAUAGGUGAUAUUUUAAUUAUCAUGGAAGCUAUGAAGAUGGAACACACAAUUAAGGCUGCUAUAGAUGGUGAAGUUAAAGAAAUAAGAUACAAGGAAGGUUAAUUUAUUGAACCAGGAGCUAUGAUUGUUAAAUUAGAAUGAU